AUGUCGGACGUCACUAUGGCAGAGGCUACCUCUGCCUACACCCCAGAGUCAACUCGAGUCGACGAAACCAAAAGAUGGACCUAUGUCGACAACAUCCGGACGAACCCCGGUCCCUUCUCCGACCCCAUCGCCGGAACACAAGAGGCGAUAGAACAGUUCGACAAGAUUAAAGUCCUUGGCGCCGGUGGUUUAGGAUGCGAGAUCCUCAAGAACUUGGCCAUGUCCAAGUUCAGGGAUAUACACGUCAUUGACAUGGACACAAUCGACGUCUCGAAUCUGAACCGACAGUUUCUCUUCCGCAAAGACGACGUUGGCAAGUUCAAGGCCGAGGUAGCCGCUGCGUUCGUGAUGCGGCGCGUCAAGGGCGUCGACAUCACGCCCCACAACUGCCGCAUCCAAGACUUCGACGCCGAGUUCUACAAACAGUUCCAGUUCGUGAUCUGCGGCCUGGACAGCAUAGAAGCCCGUCGCUGGAUCAACGCCAUGCUGGUCUCCAUUGCCGAGGAAGGCGAGGACGCCGACUCGCUCAUCCCCAUGAUUGACGGCGGCACCGAGGGCUUCAAGGGCCAGGCUCGUGUCAUCGUCCCCACCAUCACCUCGUGCAUCGAGUGCCAGCUAGACAUGCACGCGCCCCGUGCCGCCGUACCGCUGUGCACCAUCGCCUCGAUCCCCCGCCAGCCGGAGCACUGCAUCGAGUGGGCUCACGUCAUUGCCUGGGACCAGGAGAAGCCUUUCCCCCAGCUCGACAAGGAUGACCCUGAGCACAUCACCUGGCUCUAUCAGAAAGCCCUCAGCCGCGCCCAGGAGUUCAAAAUCGAGGGCGUCACCUACUCCCUCACGCAGGGCGUCGUCAAGAACAUUAUACCCGCCAUCGCCUCCACCAAUGCCAUUAUUUCCGGCGCCUGCUGCAACGAGGCGUUCAAGCUCGCUACGUCUGCCGCGCCCCCUCUCGGGAUAGAGGAUAACUACAUGAUGUAUUCCGGCAACGACAGCAUCUACACGUACACUUUCAAGCACGAGAAGAAGCCCGACUGCCCUGUUUGCGGUCAGCUGUCUCGGCCGCUGCAGGUCAACCCGAGGAUGACGCUGCAGGACCUCGUCGAUUCACUCGCCGUGCGGCCCGAGGCGCAGCUCAAAAAGCCUUCCAUCCGUGCCGAGAGCAAGACGCUGUACAUGCAGUUCCCCCCAUCGCUCGAGGAACAGACGCGCGCCAACCUGGACAAGACGCUCCUGGACCUCGGGCUGGAGGACGGACAGAACGUGGUCGUCACAGACCCGGCAUAUCCGCUCGAAUUUAACUUUUCCUUGCAGUUCAAGAAGGAAGUGUAA